GAUUUAUCUACAGAAGAACCAUUAUUAACUGCUGUUUAUGAACCACCAUCUGGAAAAUAAGUAAUAUGUAGUGGAGAGGGUUUUGGGGUAUGGAAUAUUAAUGUUUUACCUGAAAAAUAAGCAAAAUAAGAUUCAAAAUGUCAUAGUAAAUUAGAAAAUAAUGGAGUAAUAAAUAAAUAUUAUGAAUACAAAUUGGUUAAUGUUUAAAGAGAUUGUGGUAAUAUAAAUGAUAAUAAAGGAACUCCUACUUAAUGCAAUUUCUAAUUAAGUUUAGCCUUAGGAAAUUUCUUACCAGGUCACUUAUUUUAAGUUUUAAUUGAUGAUGCAGUAAUUUUCUCUUAUGAAUACGGAUAAAACUACUAAUAAUUAUUUGAUUCCGGAAGAAUAUAAUUAGAAAGUUGUGAUCCUUUAGCUGCUAAAAACAUCGACACUUACAUGAUUCCUCUUGAUGAAAUUUUCACACCUAAAUCUUCCAAAUUCACUGUAAAAUUAAUUGCUAAUUUCAACCCCGAAAACACCUAUUGGGGUUUCAGAGAUUUCAGAAUAGUAUGUGGCUAUGAAGGUAAAUGUUUAGCACCAUUAAUACUUUCAGAAGAUAGAAUUAAUUGCUAAUGCCCUAACGAUACUGAACUUUUGAAUGAAGCUACUGAUAAAAUAAAUAAAGAAUACUGUGGUUGCAGAGGUAACUUUGCAGAGAGAAUUAAAGGUGAAUAUAAAUGUUAAUGCAGACCAGGUUUCGUUCCUUAAAAAGGUUCAGAUAAUUAAAUAUCAUCUGGUAAAUUUUAAAGAUUAAACUGUUAAUGUCCUGAUGAUUUAGUUUAUAAUGAUAAAUUAGAUAAAUGCGUAUGCCCAGAUAGAAUGCAAUUCAAUUAAAAAAAAGGAAUAUGUGAAUGCUAAGGAAAUAGUAAGCUCAACGAGAAAAGUGGCUAAUGUGAAUGUCCUGGGGAUUACACUUAUUUCAGUUAUGAAAAUAAUACUUGUGUCUGUGAUAAUGAAUAUGUAGAAUUGCCCCUUCGUUUAAGACCUAAACCAUAUAGUUCUUUGAUCUGUAGAAAACGUCCUAAGUGUCAUAGUAAUUGUUUCCAAUGCUAAAUUGAUGAUGAUAUUUGUAUAAAAUGUUAAGAUAACUUUAUAUUGAAUAUAGAAAAUAAUACUUGUGAAUGCCCUAAACCUUUCUAACUUUAAGGUGAUGAUAAAUGUAUAUGUCCUGCACCUUUCAAUCUCAAUAAGGAUGGUUAAUGUCUUUGCCCAUCUCCUUAUACAAAAGUAGAUUAAUCAACCUGCUCAUGUCUUGCUCCUUACUAGUCUUUAAAUGGUUAAUGUGUUUGUGCUUCACCAUACGUGUAAAAUGGAGAUAAAUGUGAAUGCCCUGCUCCAUUUAUUGUUAGUGGAGGAUAAUGUAUAUGUCCUGCACCUUUCAAUCUUAAUAACGAUGGUUAAUGUCUUUGCCCAUCUCCUUAUACAAGAGUAGAUUAAUCAACAUGCUCAUGUCUUGCUCCUUACUAGUCUUUAAAUGGUUAAUGUGUUUGUGCUUCACCAUUUGUAUAAAAUGGAGAUAAGUGCGAAUGUCCUGCUCCAUUUAUUGUUAUUGGAGGAUAAUGUAUUUGUCCUGCACCUUUCAAACUUAAUAACGAUGGUUAAUGUCUUUGCCCUUCUCCUUAUACAAGAGUAAAUUAAAGGACUUGCUCAUGUCUUGCUCCUUACUAGUCUUUAAAUGGUUAAUGUGUUUGUGCUUCACCAUUUGUAUAAAAUGGAGAUAAGUGCGAAUGUUCUUAAAAUUACACUGCCAAUAAGCUUACUUGUGAGUGUAAUUCUCCUUACUUCUUAUUUAAUGGUUAAUGUAUUCCUGAAGGUUCCUAAUAAGAUUGUAAUGGAGUUACAGGUGGUGCUGUGUCAGGAAAAGACGAUAUUACUGGAUAAACAAUUUGUGUUUGUAUUGAUCCUGAAUAUACAGCUGUAUAUUAAAAAGAUCCUCUUACUGGUUUAAUUUUAUAACCUAAAUAUUUACUAAGUUGUAAUCCAUCUAAUGUUGAUCCUAUUAUAUGCCCUCCUGGAUAAAUAUGGCAUCCAAUUUAAAAAUCAUGUGUUCCAAGUAAAUGUCAUCCUUCAUGCCACUGUGAAUACUCAGAUGGAAAAUGUGAAAGUUGUGCUAUCUGCAGAAGGUGCAGGGAACCUAAUAUGGCGAUUAUGGUUGAAAACGACUAUUGUGUAUGUAAUUCUCCUUAAUAUCGUAAGAAGAAAGGAUUUCCUUGGUAAUGUGAACCUGUUGAAGAUUUCAAAGUUGUUCCUAAAUGUGACUGGUAAUUAUUCAACUAAAUCGUAAAUAUGGUAGUAGUAUCAAACUGUAGUUUCACAGUUAAUUCUGAUACUUAAGCUACCUCUGUAGAAAAUUUAAUUAAUUACGAAUGGAGAUAAAUCUCUAAUGUAGACCUUGAACCAUAAUGUAAGGAAUAAUUAUAAACAGAAUUAUAAAUUUCAAGCUCUUGUAAUGGAGACUAUGUUAAAUUAGAUAAAUAUACAUAAUAUGUAACCAAUGUAUCCAAAAUUUAAACAAAAUUAAAAAUUCCUCUUAUUGAGAUUUAUUAAUUAACCUCAAUCUAAUCAGUUGAAGAAAGAAAUAUUUACUAAAGAUUAUGUAUGGCCAUUUAAUUCUCUAACUCAUCAGCAGUUAUUAGAUUGCAUAAAUUCGAAAUGAGAAUCUUCACCAAUAGAGAUCAAUAUGAAGUAUUUGUAUUAGAUGUAAGCAAAUAAAUUACUGAAGGUUGUGAUAAAGGAUAAUAAUGUAUUGUUGUUGCUGACUUAGAUACUAAAGGUUCUAUAUGUAAAACUAACGCUUGUGACACUUUCUAUGAUCCAAAUGUUCGUCCUAGUUACAUUGUUGGAUAACACAUGUUUGUAAGAAUUGAAUUUGUAGACAAUACUUAUAAAAAAUUCUUAAGUGUUGUCGGUGUUAAAUUCUCUGAUGAUAGAGGUAUCUACACUUAUUAAGCCGGAAUAUAAUAUUCAACUAUUAGAUAGUUACCAGGUAUUGUUGAUGUUGAUAUUUUAUUAUUCUAACCCUAAGUAAAUGCCUAUAUUGAAGUUAGCAUGAAAAUUUCUUUAUAAAAAGAUUCUGGAACAGCUUUAAGAAAUUUAGAAACUUCAAGUGAUAAAAUUGUUAAAAUUUUAAGAGCAAAUAUUAAUUAGGC